UUCCACUCAAAUUCCCAAAUGCGGACCAGCAGAUGCAAUAUUUCCAGCAUCAAGGCCUUUAGACCAUGAUCCAUGCUUGAAGGGUUCGUCAUAUUAUAAUAAGCCAUUUCUUCAUGAGGGCACACAUUAGAGAGAAGCGAUGUUCACGACACUCGCUUCUUCUGUCUCUGUCUAUAUCUCAUCAACCUGCUUAGAGACCCGAAUCUGUUCCUCAUAACUAACAACAUGGCAAACGAUAACCCCUCCUUCGUUCUCAAAUCCAUCGGCAACUUCGCCUACGAGUCCCGCCCGGUCCCCGACCUCAAAUCCCCCACCGACGUCCUCAUCGCCGUCAAGCAAACCGGUAUCUGCGGCUCCGACGUCCACUACUGGACCCAUGGCGCCAUCGGCUCCUUCAUCGUCAAAGCCCCCAUCGUCCUCGGCCAUGAAUCCGCCGGCGUUGUCGUCCGCGUCGGCGACGGCGUCACCUCCGUGAAGCCCGGCGACCGCUGCGCCCUCGAGCCCGGCAUCGCCUGUCGCAGCUGUGUGCGAUGCAAGGAGGGCCGCUACAACCUGUGCCCCGACAUGCGGUUCGCGGCCACCCCGCCGUACGACGGCACGCUAGCGAAGUACUAUGUCCUGCCGCAGGAUUUCUGCUAUAAGUUGCCGGAGACCGUGUCGUUGGAGGAGGGUGCGCUGAUCGAGCCGGCGGCGGUGGCGGUGCACGUGUGCAAGCAGGUGGACGUGCGGCCGGGGAGCACGAUGGUGGUGUUCGGGGCGGGGCCGGUGGGGUUGCUGUGCUGCGCGGUGGCGAAGGCGUUCGGGGCUACAAGGGUGGUGAGCGUGGAUAUCAAUGAGGAGCGGUUGGAGUUCGCGAAGAAGUAUGCGGCGACGGAGGGGUUUAUGUCGAAGAGGGGGGAGAGCGCGGAGGAGGCGGGGAGGCGGUUAGUGGAGGAGGGCGACUUUGGUGCCGGAGUGGAUAAGGCGAUUGAUGCGUCGGGGGCGGAGUACUGCAUUCAAAUGGCGAUGCAUGCGUUGCGGCCGGGUGGGUCGUUUUGCCAGGCAGGGAUGGGGAAGCCGGAGAUCACAUUCCCGAUCACAACAAUGUGCGUGAAGGAGCUGAAUAUUAAGGGGUCGUUCCGGUAUGCGGAAGAUGAUUAUCGGUUGGCUAUACAGCUGGUCGCCUCGGAUCGACUGGAUGUGAAGCCACUGAUCUCGAAGAAGGUCUCGUUCAAGGAAGCAGAGGAUGCUUUCAAGGACGUAAAUGCGGCUAAGGGGAUCAAGAUUCUAAUUGCUGGCCCGGAGGAAUGAGCGACAUGAGGAGCGAGAGCACAUAUUGGAUACGGAUAAAUCGGCACUCGUGCCUAGGGGAUACAGACUCUAGGUCUUGAUGCGCAACGGGUGUUCUGGAACAGAUACAUAUUACGGUAAUGGGAUAACCUCUAUAGACUUGGGUUUUGAUGGCGGCUGGAAGACUAAAGCUGAGCUUAUGUACAAGUUCCGAAUUAGAACUAUAUAAGCCUACCGCAAGGCUUAAUGCAAGUAAUUCGGACAGCUGAUCCCCAGCCUCUAUCCUCUCGCAUCUAAAUACCCCUGAUCGUUGAUCACGAUUUAGCCUUGCACAUCGUAGC